AGUACUUUUUGGAGAAUACCUAUAUUACAUAAAAGGGUGCAUGGAUGCCAGUCUCUAGCUCUGCUCUUCUUGUGAUUUAGCUUAUCUUAAACCAGCUCCAGAACUUAACAUACAUGACAUAGAUUAGUUGACACUCUUAAAAAAUGGAGGUUCAGUUCUUGUUUAAAUUAUUUUAUUUAACUAAUUAGUUAAACAUUUAAGAAAAAAGAAAUAAGUUAAUCAAUUAUAUAUACUCUAACAAUAUAUUUAUUAGUCUGAAAGCAUGAAUUACAUAUCACUCCACAUUUUCAGAAGUUUGAUCUAAUCAGAUGCAGACUACAAACGAUUGUUUUUAUCUUUUUGUGCUAAAAUUGAUACCACUUCGACCUAAACUUAAGAAUACUUUGGUAUCGUUGAAUUUGAAUUUUAUUAGGAAUGAAAAUUUGGACCAUAGUUUUCUUGUCCUCUGGAAUUAUUUCAAUUCUUUUCUCUUUUGCAGGUUUUUCUAUGCUGUUUAUUAGCUGGAUUAAGCAUAUGUUGGUUCAACACCAUUUGUUUUGUCCUUUGCAUACGAAACUUUCCUGCCAACCGAGCUCUAGCUUUGUCUCUCACAGUAAGCUUCAAUGGUUGCAAAAACCUCUGAUGCAACUACAGCUCGUUUUCUUUUUGCUGGAGCAAUUUUCCUUCUUGUUUUUCCCUUGUGUGUCCCUGGUUUUGUUUAUGCUCGAGCAUGGUUUCAUCGUACUGUCCAUUCUAGUUUUCGGCUUGAAGGCUCUGGCUUUAUUCUUGUAGAUGUUGAUGAUCUCGAAAUUCAUAAAGGGUUGCUAUCACGUGAAGCUAGUUACAAUAAUGGACUGAAUAACCUUCCCUUAAUGAGUGAAAAUGGAUCUGCAAUAGGCAUCAAUGAACAGAAAAGUGUAAUGGAAAUGAAUGAAGGGUGUUGCAAGACAAUGAUCGGGAGGGGUCAAUUGGCAAUGCUUGGGGAAGAGCAUACACUACAAUUACUUGUAGGCAGAUUAGACUUUUGGUUGUAUUAUAUUGCUUACUUCUGCGGUGGCACAAUAGGUCUUGUGUACAGCAACAAUCUAGGACAAAUUUCACAAUCACUUGGACAAGGCUCCAACACAACAGCCCUUAUCACCCUUUAUUCUUCUUUCUCAUUCUUUGGCCGCUUACUUUCAGCAGCACCAGAUUACAUACGUGCGAAGGCCUACUUUGCAAGAACAGGGUGGCUGACAAUUGCACUUCUGCCAACACCAGUUGCUUUCUUCCUGCUAGCAGCCUCAGGCGAAGCAGCAGCAUUACAGGCAGCCACGGCAUUGAUAGGUCUCAGCUCUGGUUUCAUAUUUGCAGCAGCUGUUUCGAUCACAUCAGAACUUUUUGGACCAAACAGUGUGGGUGUCAAUCACAACAUUCUGAUCACAAACAUUCCUAUUGGUUCACUCGUUUAUGGCUUCCUUGCUGCAUUGGUUUACGACAUGAAUGCAACGCCUGCAGGGAUAGGAGGCAGCAUGAUAACAGAUGCCGCAGUUUGCAUGGGGAGGCAGUGCUAUUUCGUGACAUUUGUGGGGUGGGGAUGCUUGUCUAUGCUUGGACUUGCCUCCAGUGUGUUGUUAUUCCUUAGAACUAGACCUGCUUAUCACCGUUUUGAACAAGAUCGUAUUGCAGUACAACAAUACUAAUUACUGUUAAGUACCAAUUGCUGAGACAAGAGUUUGAUCAACAUAGCGAUAAGAGAGGAUAGGUUGAGAUUUUGGGGAACUCAUUGUGUGUGUAUAUGAUCUUCACUUUUUAUUUAUAAUG